AUGGUGAUACAAAAUGACAUAGAUGAAAUGGUUAUGAUCCAAGAGAUUUAAAAGUCAUAUAUAUAGAAUAUGAAAUUCUUAAACAAACAACAAAAGAAGCCAAUCUCUAAGAGGAUUAAUUAAUGGAUCUGCCAAUUUAGAUGA